AUGGGAAUUGUCAAUUGUUCGACACCAAAAUCGCCCCUUCCGAUUGGGCCCAAGUCGACAUGUGCCCAAGAUACAGUCGGUCAUGUGGUUAAACUCGAACCGGCGGCUCCUGAAAGAGUAUCGAUCCACUUUGCUGUUCAUAAUCCCGACAAUGGCGCCAGUCGUGGCGGCAAAAUCGUAAUUUCAGAGAACCGGUUAAUUUGGCCACAAAAACAGCGCCUCACGACAUUCUGCCGGAUUCGACGACGGUUCAUUGCUGCCGCGAAUGAUGUCUUCGCUGUGAUGCUGGACAAUUUGGACUUUUGGAUAAACGAGGUGUCCGGCUAUCAAAGUUGCAAGCGGAAAUGUCCACUUUUCACGUGUAAAGUGGGCGGGAAGAGGGUCGGUUGUGUGAAAAAGCCGGUCAAGUGUGUGGCGGAGGCUGGGAAAGCAGAUGAGAAUGCAGCCAAGCGCUGGUUCGUCGACAGACUGCGAGUGAAGCGGGCUGUAGAGAGCGCAAAGUGUGCUCCGGGGCAGGAGGAUUUGUGUCUUGACGGAUAUUUUCGCAAUCUCCUCGAACCGUUGUGUGUGUUGAGGCAGGAAUAUGACAUUUCUCGGCCGAAAGAAUGCAAUACCAACAACAGAUCUUCUGUUAAAAGUCAACAUUCACUGAGAAAGUGCUCUUUUGCCAGCCAGAAAACAGGCUCGAAUGUGACUAAAAACGGGAAAAAUGACGUCACAACCGAAAGACUAGCCCAUCUUCAGCCGAAACUGGCAGAACACACAAAUCGACAUUUCUUCGACAUCAACGAAUAUUGUCCCAAAUCGCCCAAUUCGUUGGACCUUCCAAAGAGGUCGCCAAUUUGGGAACGAUUUGGGACGUACAGCAAACGAAAUGGCAUUCACGAGUGGUUUUCACGCGACAGAAAUCAGAGCAGUAAAGCCAACGACGGUAAACGACGUAAACCGGGUCGGUUUGCCCGGUUGUCCAUGAAGCGUUUGACUGAGGAGACGAGCAAAAGUAAGCCCGAAGAAGAAGAUGUCGGUGCCAGUCUCGUGAGUCUAUUCUCCGGUAGCGAAGAGCCGGAAAAGGAGAGCAUAGCAACUGGUCAGCAACCGGUCUCGGAGCCGGUUGCCAGGGUGGAAAAGGAGAAAAUAAAUGACAAAUUGCCCGAAUCGACUGACGAGGCGAAGAGUGCGAGUAGCGAGAAGAAGGCGAAAGGACGCAAAAAAAAGCAUAAAACACACAAAAAAACGGCCAAACUGGAGAAUGGUACAGAAAAAGCGGAGAACAAGAUGGACGACAAUCAAGCGGACGAUGAUUCGAGCCUUGUUCGACUAUUCUCGAGCAGCGAAGAAUUGGCCGAGGAAAGCAGUCAAGAAUGUCCGACAUCUGCCAAAGUGGACAGUGACAAUGUGGAUAAAGACACUGCGCAACCCGACAAGACAGAGCCGCCCAGUCCGACGGAGCAGCUCGGUGGGGACGAGGGAAAAAAAGCGGCAGAAAAGGAGCGAAAAAGGAAACACAGAAAGCGAAGCAAAGCGAGAAAAAACGAUUUGGCGACGGAGCACAAUGCCAAAUUGGACAAAGAUGAUGCUGUAGAAGAAGGUGGCGCUUUCAAUCACCAUGGCAACAGUGAAACUACAGCCUCGGAUGCUUCGGAUGCUGGCCAGGCGCAGAUUGCACCCAUUUUUGAGGUGAAAAAAUGCCCAAAAAUGCUGAUCACCAACGAAGCGAAACGAGUUGAUGAUGCAAUUAGCGACGAAGAGCUGGCGACCAAGGCUGGUGUGGUGGAGAAAGAUGAAAUGUCGCAAAGUGGGAAGAAGAAAAAGAAGAAAAAAAAAGCCGGUCUCAAAAAUCUGACCAAACAGUUGAAGCAUAAAUUGCAUAAUGUGGCCAACAUCAGCACCACCGAGUCGUCGGGCACGGACGAGAAGACGCCAAAUCCGAGCGAAGAGGAGGCGGAAGAGCCGGUUUCGACGACACCCGACGACAACAGUCAGCCUCGCAGUGACGAGGUGAUGCGACCGAGUGAGAGCAACGGGAAAAAGUCGCGAAAACGACACAAAAAGAAGUCGGCAAAAGGUGAGAAAAAGUGGAAAAAACACGCGAUUCCGCAAUUCGGCCGAUGGAUGCCGCAAAAAGUCGGCGAGUCAGCCGAUUCCGCGUCGUCCACGUCGCAUCAGGCCAAGCAUCGCGACACACGCAGAUUGUCAUCAAAAGACAAACAACAACAACAACAACAACACGCACGACAUGACGACGACCGACGAGCGAAACGAUCUCCAACCAACUCGGACCCAUCCGACCCGACAGAUUCCGACAUGUCCGACAUGAGCGACUCUUCAUCGCGUCAUCGAACCUUCUCCAACAGACGAACGCCAAGUUCACAGCGUCGCAUCCUCUUGGACUGUCGGCCAAUCUCGGCGCGCCGUUCCUCUCGUCGUCACGGCAACCGACGUCACGCUUCACUGCGCAAAGAGGCCAGUGCCGGUUGGCAUCAAUCGCCCGACAUUGACAGCUCCCGGUUGCUAUGCCGAGUGCGAAGUCUCAGUUUGCGCAAUCGUCAAUUGGACAAAUCAUUGGCCAAAUUGGUCACCGAGUUGGCCAAUUCACGCCGCCCAGAAACCGGUAGUCAUAGCGACUAUUCCGGCCUCGACGAGGACAGUUACACCGACGAGAACGAGGCAAGGUACGCACAAAUCGGUUGUCAUCACACAACCAGACGUCAAUUACACGCCCGACCCACCGGCAAUUGGUACCACAAUUGGCCGACUGCAAGAGCCAACAGUUCCUGUACCAGUCUGCCCACUUGCAUGCACACAACACAACAGUGUCCAGCCGCUUUUCGAGGCAUUGAUGCACAGACGAGACAUCCCAGUCUGUGCCAUCGAUACGCAGAUCAUCAAAUGUACCGAAUGCCACCACCACCGCCACCACCACCACCGCCGCCGCCAGUAGCGACACCAAGUGUUGGGCAAUCUGUGUCUCAAAUGGCAGCGAAUGUGCAACCAACAGCACUACAAAGAUGCGUGCCGUCUGUGUAUGGAGAGUCUGUUUGGGGCGGACUGGUGCCGGUCAUGUUUCCAACCAGCACGUUCAUCGAAAUGACGCAAGGAAGAGCGGCCUGUGGUGGACCGCCGACGAGAUUGGGUCCUUUUACAAUCAGUAUUCCACACGCAAAUGGGACUCAAUCGAAGUAUUCUUGCUAUCCGAAUUCAUAA